AAUGUCGCCAUCAUGCUGCGUCUUUGCGUGCUGCGUGCCACUGAUAGAGCGCAGUUCUAGUCGCGUCGUUCGUUCAGCGAAACGUGAUCGUCCGCCGCCUAUGUAUCUUUGUAGACUGUUUCCGACAGCAACAUAAAAUGUACCAAUAUGAAUAAUACAGGCAAUAAGCAAUCGUAACAAAACUACGUGUUGACGUUAAAAUACAGUUUAAAGUAAUCGUUCGAUAUCGACUGUGUUCGUAAGCGAGUUAUGUAUUGGUUUUACGUGUUUUACCGAGGCCACCGUCGAACUUUGACAGACGCUAGCAUGUCACGUCUAAACGUGAUAAUCUUUGUGCUAGGUGCUUGGAAUCUUAUUAACGCAGUAUCUGCAACACAAGAUGGUCAGUGUAUUUGGUAUGGAGAAUGUUACACAGACAUAUAUAUGCACAAAAAGAAUUGCCCUUAUACAGGACCACCUAAGUUAUUGGAUAAUGAAGGUCAAAAACUAUUGGCUAAAAAUUGUCCUCAUUUAAUGAUUGAUUCUGGAAAUGGGAUUAAUACCUGCUGCGAUACAAAUCAGUUAAAAACAAUGGAUCAAAAUAUUAAGCUGGCAUCUAAUUUUUUAAACAGAUGUCCUAGCUGUUUGGAUAAUUUAGUAAAGCAUUUCUGUGAAUUUACUUGUAGCCCAGUACAAAGCAAGUUUAUCAACGUUACAGAAAUACAAACAGAGAAAAAUGUAAAAUAUGUCAAUGGCAUAGAUAUAUAUAUAACAAAUAAGUAUUUGGAAGGUACAUUUAAUUCUUGUAACAAAGUAUCAGUACCUAGCACUGGACAAUUAGCAAUGGAUUUAAUGUGUGGCAUAUGGGGAGCUAGUAGAUGUACCACAUUAAAAUGGUUCCAUUAUAUGGGUGAUGCAGCAAACAAUCAAUAUGUACCAUUUCAAAUUACAUAUAAAAAUACUGAUGAACCUGUAGGUUCAUUUAUUCCUGUAGACCCUAAAAUUACUCCUUGUAAUAAAGCAUUAAAUAAAAAUACUCCAGCAUGCAGUUGUGUAGACUGCGAAGCCAGUUGCCCAGUACCACCAUCACCACCUCCCUUACCAACACCUUUCACCAUUUUUGGCUAUGAUGGCUAUGCUGUAAUGAUGAUCAUUACUUUUGUGUGUGGUUCAGCUCUUUUCAUCUUAUCCAUUGUAUGCUUCAAUAAUAGAAAACAAAUUGUUGCACGAGGUGAGGAAGUAGGAAGGCAGGUGGGUAGACGCCUAGCCGCAGGGUUACACCACCCAGGAGAUGGUGCUCGUAUUGCUCUUGCCGCAGACCAAGAAGACAGCCCACUUCAAUCUAAACGUUCCAGUGUGAUAUCUGCAGAUGAUUUGCCGAGCGGAUUCGACGAUGAAGAACAAUCAACAUUCAUUGAAAAAUUAGGUGCAGGCACCGACAAACUGUUAGCAGAAUUCUUUUGUUGGUGGGGUACAGCAUGCGCGUCACGACCGUGGUUUGUCCUUUUCGUUGGUUUCUUAUUUAUCAUUAGUUUGGGACAUGGAAUAAAAUAUAUACAUGUUACCACUGAUCCAGUUGAAUUAUGGGCUGCUCCACAAUCUCGAUCACGAAUUGAAAAAGAAUAUUUCGAUCAACGUUUUGAACCAUUCUAUAGAACUGAACAAAUAAUUAUAACAUCAAUUGGUUUGCCGAACAUUGUACAUAAUACAUCUAAUGGUCCAGUUAUCUUUGGUCCUGUAUUUAAUGAUACCUUCCUCAAAACUGUUUACAAAUUACAAGAAGAAAUAAAGAAGAUAACAACUCCAAAUAAUUUUACUUUAGCAAACAUAUGUUUUGCUCCAUUAACCAGUCCGUUUACGGGACCGCCAACAGUAUCACAAUGUGUCAUUCAAAGUAUUUGGGGAUAUUGGCAAGACAGUGUAGAAGCUUUUGAUUACACUACUGUAGAUGAUGAUAAUUUUACAGUAAAUUAUUUAGAUCACUUCAGAGUUUGUUCGCAAAAUUCAUAUAAUCCUGAAUGUCUGGCACCUUAUGGUGGUCCUGUGGAACCAGCAAUUGCAGUUGGGGGAUUUUUAUUACCAGGUCAAGAUCUCCAGAAUCCUUCAUAUGAGAAAGCCACAGCAGUAAUUUUAUCUAUACUAGUAAAUAAUUAUCAUAAUAAAUCCAAGUUACAUCCAGCAAUGGAAUGGGAAAUGAGUUACGUCAAAUUUAUGAAAAAUUGGAUAGCGACAAAGAAACCAGCAUUUAUGGAUAUUGCUUUUACCUCAGAACGUUCAAUAGAGGAUGAGUUGAAUCGUGAAUCUCAAUCAGAUGUUUUAACUAUUCUUGUCUCAUAUAUUAUUAUGUUUGCAUAUAUUGCGAUUUCUCUUGGGCAGAUAAAAAAUUGCAGUCGACUUUUGAUCGAUUCUAAAAUUACUCUUGGCCUUGGUGGUGUACUUUUGGUAUUGGCCUCUGUUGUUUGUUCUGUUGGUUUAUUUGGUUUUGUUGGCAUUCCGGCUACGCUCAUUAUUAUUGAAGUCAUACCAUUCCUUGUUCUGGCUGUUGGAGUAGACAAUAUUUUCAUACUUGUCCAAACACAUCAAAGGGAAAGCCGUCGUCCUAAUGAAUCAAUACCUGAACAUAUCGGUCGUAUUCUCGGUCAAGUGGGACCAAGCAUGUUACUUACCAGUGUGUCAGAAAGUUGUUGUUUCUUCCUUGGUGGAUUAUCUGAUAUGCCUGCCGUUAAAGCUUUUGCUCUAUAUGCCGGUAUGGCAUUAUUGGUAGAUUUUGUGCUACAAGUAACCUGUUUUGUUAGUUUAUUAGCACUAGAUACUGUUCGUCAAGCAAACAAUAAACUUGAUGUAUGUUGUUUUAUUCGUGGAUCGAAGAAAGACGACGGGGAGGAAGUAGUAAACGGAAUUUUGUAUAAACUUUUCAAAGUUGUGUAUGUUCCACUAUUGUUGAAAAAAUGGGUGCGUGCAUUUGUUAUGAUAGUAUUUUUUGGAUGGAUUUGUUCAAGCAUUGCGGUUGUUCCGCACAUUGAAAUUGGUCUAGAUCAAGAACUUUCUAUGCCUGAAGAUAGUUUUGUCUUGAAAUAUUUCAAAUUUUUAAAUAGUUACUUAUCUAUUGGACCACCAAUGUACUUUGUUGUAAAAGAAGGAUUAAAUUAUUCUAACAAAGAUAUACAGAAUCUUGUAUGUGGCGGUCAAUAUUGUAAUAACGAUUCGGUAUCGACUCAAAUAUUUAUAGCAUCAAAACAAUCAAAUAGGACAUACAUAGCAAAACCUGCAUCAUCAUGGCUAGAUGAUUAUAUCGACUGGUCUCAAUUGUCGAUGUGUUGCAAAUAUUUUGUUUCAAAUGAUUCUUUCUGUCCGCAUACAGGAUCUAGUAAAUAUUGCUCUUCGUGUAAUAUCACCACAAAUAAUAUUGGAAGACCUAUACCAACAGACUUUGAACGAUAUGUAUCAUUUUUCUUGCAAGAUAAUCCUGAUGAAAUGUGCGCUAAAGCAGGUCAUGCUGCUUAUGGUCAUGGUGUUAACUAUGUUACUGAGCUUGAAACAGGCCUGUCGAAAGUCGGGGCGUCCUAUUUUAUGACUUACCAUACUAUAUUAAAAACAUCCGCCGAUUAUUACGAAUCGAUGAGAGCUGCAAGAGCUAUAUCAGCAAAUAUAACAGAGACGAUUAAUAACUAUUUAAAAAGUAUCGGUGACAGUUCAACUGUUGAGGUGUUUCCGUACAGCAUAUUUUAUGUUUUUUACGAGCAGUACUUAACAAUGUGGCCGGACACGUUAUAUAGUAUAGGGAUAUCCUUAAUUGCUAUCUUCGUGGUAACUUUCCUUUUGAUGGGUUUGGACAUAUUUUCCUCUGUUAUUGUUGUAAUUACCAUUAUGAUGAUUGUCGUUAAUAUUGGUGGUUUAAUGUAUUGGUGGCACAUAACAUUAAAUGCAGUAUCCCUCGUUAAUCUUGUUAUGGCUGUUGGAAUUGCCGUUGAAUUUUGCAGUCAUUUGGUACACUCCUUCUCAGUAUCAGUAAAAACAACACGUGUUGAAAGGGUUGCUGAUGCAUUGACGAAUAUGGGAAGUUCAAUUUUUAGCGGUAUCACUCUUACAAAGUUUGGUGGAAUUAUAGUACUCGGUUUUGCUAGAAGUCAAAUCUUUAAGGUAUUCUACUUCAGAAUGUACCUGGGUAUUGUGUUGUUUGGGGCUGCACAUGGUCUAAUAUUCCUGCCAGUAUUAUUAAGUUACAUUGGCACACCAAUGAACAGAGAAAAGUUAGCAAAUCACAAGAGAGCAAUGCAAGGAAAUCUGGACAACGUACAGGAGACUUCCUUGAAUCAUCGCGUAAGCAAACUCAAUUCUCCUCCCACACCCACCACAAGCACACCUACGUUCAGAGUGCUUGAAUAUGAAAGAUAGGCGUGAUGUCGCGCCGAGGGCGUAGAAAAGCCCAUGAAUGUGCCAGCAGGGCUAGAAACGAAUCUAGGAGUCAAGUGUGUGGGCCUGACUCUCCUUUACUCCAAAAUGACAACAAUCAGUACCCAACCACUUCCUACGCCAGUGUGAACUCCAUAGAGCAGUUACAUCAAGUGACUUUUUAGCAUUAAUCAUUAUCCGAAUUAACUCAUAAAACGACUUUUAUACUUAGAGAGACUGAACAUAAUCUGUUUGUAUAAUACAAAAUUAUUUUUACUAUAUAUGUAUGAUCAACAAUUUUUUCCUUUUUUAAAGUUCAGUAGAUUUGCGUCUGAAUGGUGAUCGAGAAUCUUGUAAUCGAUGCGAACUAUGAAGUUCACGUCUGGUAUAUUUCAUAACUAGGAAGAAAAAUUUCGUAUCUUGUUGUUACUAUUAACAUAAUAAGAUUGCGUUAUAUUUAAGAUAUUUAAUUAUAAAAGAACGUCUCAUAAUUUUACAUCAUUCUAUUUCUAAAGCUUUAAGAUUUAUGGGUAUAAUAUCUGAAAUGGUGCAAUUGAUCAAAUCAAUUGGAAGUGUCAAGAAAUAUUGUAAUAUGAUUUUAAUUAAUAUUAAUUUUAUGUUUUCCGGUAUUUUUUCAGUGGAAAUGCGUAAAUCUGUGUUGCUUGGCAAAUGGUAAAUGUACCUGCAUUUUUAUCAUGCUUUAUCUCUAUUUGUGCAUUUUGUCAUUGCGAGGUAAUAUUGGUUUCCGAUAUAGGUGUCGUAUAAUGCAGGUUUCGAAUAAACCAAUUCGACGGUAAGAUUUGUAUAUCAUAUCGAAAGGUUUAAGAAAACAGCGUAUUCCUUUUAAUGUCUUUUCGAAUACUUUGCAUAAUAUGACUCGAAAUUUCAUCUAAAAAUAUUAACCGUCCAUAAUUGAGGUGAAAUAUCGAAUAUGUACAAAUUUGAAUUUCGUAUUGUAUAAAUCUUUAGAGAAUUAUAUAUACAUAUAUGUAAGCCGUAAUUCUCAACGUAAGUAGAAUUUAGGUUAACAGCUUAAAAUUUGUGCGGCAUCCAUAUCGGAGUACAUUUUACCCUGAUUUUCUUUCCAUGAUAUAUGUAUAAGCGAUAGUACUCGUUGUUUCUUAUAUAUGGUUGAUAUUAGUAACAGUUUCCAGAAAUAUGUUUUUAGUUCAAACCAAGCAUCAGGAAACUAUUUCGUAUUCCCUUUAUUUUUUUUUUUAUAACCGAUAGAUAUUUUAGGCAAAGUUUUUUAUUUGAUUUUGUUUUGUCUGCAAUCUUAUUGAAUAUGGGUAAUAUUAAACAAGUCACAGCAAAUAUCUAAGUACUGAAAGGAAAAGGCAAUGACAAAUUAUUAUUUUUUACUAUGCAGUAGUCACUUGGUUUUAGUAGGUUUCGUUCUUACAAUUUGCCUAAUUAAUUCUAGGUAAUUAAGACAUUCGAUAAAUGAAAAAAACAGGUAGUUAGCCUUAUUACUAGAAGUUAAAUGAUAUAGUCGUAUUAGUGCUUAAUUUCUUUUGCGUGCUUCAUCGGUGUAAAGUGUCUCCUAAGAGUUGUAUGUUUCUGCUCAAUAUCUGUAACAAAUUUAAGCAGUAUUGUUUUUUCAUAUGAGAAGUUGAACAUAGAAAAAUGUUCGGAUAGCUUGAUUGCAUCGAAACGAUAUCAAUGUCCUUUGUAAAUGUGGAUAUUUCCUGUUGCGAGUUGAACUCGAACAUGUUUUCUAAAUUAUUUGUAUACGAAUAACAAUUUUUAUACUGACAACAAAAGAAUACGUAAUGCAAUGUUGCAAAAAAUCUCGUUAGUUAAAUAAUAGAUGAUUCGUUGGCGAUUGUUACGAUAUUAUGCUAUGUAUAUACACAGGUAAAAUGAUAUUCUUUCAUAUAAAUCUAUGUUUGUAAAUCCGGUUGAGUAUUCCUUACACAUCAAAUUAGUAUUCAAGCGGUUAAAGGCAUGUCCUACAUAUAUACAUGGUUAACAAAAAAGAAGUACUAUGACUGUUAAAUAAAAGGUGCCAUAAUUUGGCAACAAGUACGUAAAAUUA